ACCAACACAUAUGUACAGCCCAUAUGCAGCCUAACUCAACUGAGCAAGACGAUGAGGAGAAAGAGGCAGUCCUGCAGUGUAAGCAGUCAAACAUCACCUGUGCGCGAACUCCGGAACGCAUACGCGCAAGCGAGGCCCAAAAGCCGGCGAUAUUUCUGGUGUCCCGAGCUCUCGUCACUAUCACGGUUACCGUCGUUGUCAGGACUUGCCUUGCCUUACAUAGUUAGUAC